CUAAUGUCGAUUGUCGCUGCAGUCGGUAAAUGGACGUUUGAUGUGGUGUUUGUCAAGAUUGUGAUAUUGUGUGUUUACAGUGAUUUAUUCCCUAUUACUAUAAUCCCAAUUAAAGUAAAAGGUUUUCAGGAGUAGAUGAAGGUGACAGUAUGUCUCGCAAUAAAGACAAACAUGAGGGCGCUAGUGGGCGCACGUACCACAUCAUGUCGGAGGCGGAGCGAGCAUCUGGGCGCCGCGGUGGCUGGACCACGCUUGAGGUAACAGGAGGUGUGCGCGCACUGGCGCCCCAACUGUUCCAACUGACGCACCUGACCGCGCUGUAUCUGAACGACAACUCCCUGCAGCGGAUCCCUCCCGACAUCAGCCAGCUGGUGAAUCUCCACACUCUGGACGUGUCCAACAACAAGCUGCGCUCGCUGCCAGCCGAACUGGGCGACCUUAUACAGCUCAGAGAGCUCCACCUCCACAACAACUACCUCCGGUUGUUGCCGUACGAGCUCGGCAAGUUGUUUCACCUGCAGAUGUUGGGACUACAAGGGAAUCCGCUAAGCAAGGAGAUGCUGUCCAUAUACAACGAUUGCAAUGGCACAGCGAAGCUGCUCACGUAUAUGCUGGACAAUUUGCAAGUUACUGCCACUUUGCCACCACAGAGGCCUUGGAUACCCCUGACGCGACCAAACAGAACUCGGCCGACAUGUAUCUUCACCGUGAUGUGCUACAAUGUUUUGUGCGACAAGUACGCCACGAGACAGAUGUACGGAUACUGCCCAAGUUGGGCCUUGGAGUGGGACUACAGAAAGAAAGGCAUUUUAGACGAGAUCAGGCAUUACUCUGCAGACAUCAUCAGUUUACAGGAAGUUGAAACGGAUCAGUUCUACAAUUUCUUCCUGCCGGAACUAAAGAGCGAUGGUUACGAUGGGAUAUUUUCGCCGAAAUCAAGAGCUAAGACUAUGUCCGAGUCGGAGAGGAAGUACGUUGAUGGAUGCGCCAUCUUCUUUAGAUCUGCCAAGUUUUCCUUAGUAAAAGAGCACCUAAUAGAGUUCAACCAGCUGGCCAUGGCCAACAGCGAGGGGUCUGACAACAUGCUCAACCGCGUCAUGCCUAAAGACAACAUCGGUCUUGCAGCGCUCAUCAAAACUAAGGAGGCAGCCUGGGAAAAUGGUAUACCAACGGACUCGUCAAUGCUGGGCCAGCCAAUCCUCGUGUGCACCGCACACAUCCACUGGGACCCGGAGUUCUGCGACGUGAAGCUGAUCCAGACGAUGAUGCUCAGCAACGAGCUGCGCACGAUACUGGAUGACUCGGCGAGGACGCUGCGGCUCGCCGGACAGAGGGACAACGUGCAGCUGUUGCUGUGUGGGGACUUCAACUCGCUGCCUGACAGCGGCGUGGUGGAGUUCCUCUCCUCCGGGCGAGUGUCGUCGGAGCACCGCGACUUCAAGGAGCUGGGGUACGCGGCGUCGCUGCGGCGCAUGCCCGGCUCCGAGCACGAGUUCACGCACACCUUCAAGCUGGCCUCCGCCUACAGCGAGGACAUCAUGCCUUACACCAACUAUACGUUCGACUUUAAGGGUAUAAUCGACUACAUAUUCUACAGCAAACAGUCGAUGACCCCGCUGGGGCUGCUGGGGCCGCUGUCGCAGGAAUGGUUCCGGGAGCACAAGGUAGUCGGCUGUCCGCAUCCUCACAUACCUUCAGAUCACUUCCCGCUGCUGGUGGAGCUGGAGAUGUGCCCGAGCACGAGCGGCAACUCCAACGGUCUGAUCGGCCGCAGGUAGCACCGGGUCCGGCAACACCCGCGCGCGCACCAACACACACACACACACGCCCCACACUCCUCACACUCCUCACACUCACACGCGGCCGCAGACAAACGAAUCCUGAGGAAUGUCGAUGCUAAAUGCUGACUGCACAGGCGAGAAACACCACAGGUUUUGAGAACUCUAAAAGAAAAACUGCCGAUCGCGUUAUGCUGAUCUACAGACGAGACAACACUAACUGCUGAGCAACGAGAAACCACGUGAGAAACUUAAGUGCUAAAUAUACGCUGAGCGAACUGAGUGAAUUCCGAUAAAUGUUGAUAACAUUGCGCGGUCUAUUUCUCAUAGUGAAAUUAAUGUAACGGUGUUGUGUGACGGUUUUUCAACGGCGAUGUUUUACGAUGAACAAAUCAAAUACUUUUACAAAAAAUAUUUUCAAAAUUAAACUUUUUAUUACUUGCGAAUUAAAACAUUCGGCUGUAAAUGAAACGGUUUUUUUUUUCUUAAAAAUUAUUUUGUGUCAUCAUAAGAUGUUGUAAAAAAUGCUGGUGAAAAACCGUAACGUUUGUUAAAAUCGUGUAGUAACUCAGUAUCACGAAGUCGUAGCAUCAAAUAACGUCUGCAGUUGAAAACUUAGCCACCAGUUCAGAUACAUUUGUGGUUUGUGUUGAUGUGACGUCACGUCUUACAGAACAAUCCUCUGAAAUCGACGCCACCCACUCUUUAUCAAUUUAGAUGUUGUAAAUGUGUGUAAAAUUAAUUCUGUACAUAGUUGUGUUGUAUCACAUGAUCAUCAAAGUUUCCGUGUGAUAAAUAUGUCGAUAAUUAUUAAUAUUGAAUCAUUACCAUCCAUUGCGAGUAUAAUAUUAUGACAAUUCAAUUUGCACGAUGUAAAAAUAUAAUAAAAUUAAAAUGUAAUAAUUAAAUCAUACAUAUUUGUCACAUUUUUAAUAUCGAUACUACAUGAUUUGAUAAAAUGAAUAAGUUUUCUAUUCACUGGAUUCAGUACAUCUUUUAUGUACUUCAUUUUGAUGAUGACGUUAAGUGCAGACUGUGUUAUGUUAUUUUGCUCAAUAAGGUUUAAUCUAUGACUCAGUGUAGUUAAUUCUAGGCUUCGAACUUUGAUACUUUAAUGACUUACAUUUUUGUAUUUAUCUCUCCAGUGAACAGGGAACAAAUUCGCGUAAUAGUUUUACAACAAGCAGACUUAGUUAAUGGGCUAUAUGUUAGUGCAAAGUGCGUUUCAUUAAAUGUAUUUUUAGUUUUUUGCAAUGGCAACCCUUAAUUGCAUGAAUAGAGUUCAGUGUUGCCACAGUAAAUGAUGUGGUUUAAUGAAACGCACUACAAAGUGGUGUUAAUCGGCGCAAAGGUAGAUUCCAUGUUUCAUAGUGAUUUUAAUACGAAUCUGACGAAUCUACGAAAUGUAAGUAGUUGUAAUAAAAAUAAUCAAUUCAGAAAUUAUGAAUGAAGUACAUUCGGACCUACGCUUACUGUGUCAAUAAAGUUUGAUGAAUUUGAAUUAUAAAUCGAGAAAAGAUAAAAUAUUUUUCCAUUCUAGUUUGUCGGCAGAUUAACGCUUAGUUUUUCGAUGUAUACCAUAGUAUACAGUUGAGGAAUAUUUGAAUCUAGACGAAAGUCGGCUGCGAGGCUGUUGUGAGAGCAUCUUUCGUAUGUUAUUUGUGGUUGGCAAAUGUUAAUACAACUAUAUCAACUUAUCUACCGUACUGCUUUUGAGAUCGGAUCAUAAUACCAAUUGCCAGAUUUGGCAAUCGGUAUGACGCAACCAUUAGUAUCUGUACUAUAGCACAUCCUUACAUAAAUGCCGGUUGAAAUAUCCAUGUUUCCUCGCAGUCGUUUCAAAGGUAAGUUUUGAAUGUAAAGUUACGUCCUCGUGUGAUGUCAGUAUGUCAAACGUCCAUUUACCAAUUAGUUAUAAAUUCCUCCACUGUAUAUUAUUCAGAUAUUUUAAUCUGGGAAUAUAAUGCAAUGUGCUGCGGUCACUUCAAGAGAGAUCGUCCUGUAUAUCUCUUGUAUUGGAUGCUUUAGUGUCGUGAUAGGAUCAGUGAGACAAUGUGUCUUUUAUUAUUAUGUACAUACGAUUCAUUUUUAUAUAUUCGUUUUACCAUAUCGUGCCAACCAUUUUUUUUUGUUUCAUUAUUUUUGUGUUGCGUAAUAGUUAUUGUUCUGGAUAUUUCCAUUUCGACCUCUUGAAUGCUACUUCACCUAAUGUCAAAUGUGACGUUUCAUUAUUUCACGUCAGGUCCUCAGCCAAUCCAAUGUUGUGUCUCGUUUGAAUCUACAUGUGAUUGGCUCAGGACUGUUGUGUUUUUUGCUACUUCAUAAACGUUUUUAAAUUCGUGUGAAGGUAGGUGAUACUCUACUCCUACCUCUAAUAAAUUGUAGAUUACUGUGAAAAGUGAUACAUGUAUAUCAACCAACUCGUGUUGGGUGCCUACGGCCGGGUAUGUAAGAUAGCUAUCUAAAUCUAUAUCAGAUGGAUAUUUGCAUUAUUUUUGAUAUCUAAUUCUAUUGGUGUUUAAGAUCUUUGUUGACGAACACUGCCUACGGAGUGAACAUCACGUUUGUGCAAUAAAGUUAUAUAGAGAUAUUGUAAGUGAUAGUUGUCAGCUUCCUUGCUAGUUAGGCUAUGUGUGCUACGAUAUCUUCCACAUGUGAAUCUUUCUAAAAUCUAUACUUGGUCAUGUCAGAGCAGGACAAAGUACCUUAGCUAUCGGCUUGUGGUUUGUUUCUUCCCAAAUUAUGGAAAAAGAUACUCCUUAUGUUUUCAUAUUGCCUUUUAUUGCAAUUUACUAACGCAGUGAUGCGGGAGCGAUCAUGACAAUUUUAUUGCGGUAUUUAUUCAUGUUGAUAGUUUAGUUUACAUCAAUUUAACCAUUUACAUAAAUCCUUAUAAUUGUGUUAGGCAUUUGUCCUGAUUGAUCCAGGUGUCUCACUGAUCGGUUAGUGGUGUAGAUGUUAGUGUCUGAACGGUGGCAGGUGGCGUGAUGUAGGUGUCGGUGGCGAACAAAUGGCGGGCGCGAAUCAGCCCUUAGGUUAAUGACACAUUGUGUCGCAACAAACUCUUCAGCGAGACAAAACCCUUCCCUUACUCAAACGUGUUUCGACGUUUCUAGAAUUUGUGUAGUUUAAUGUAAGUCUGAGUUUUUUUACGAAUGGUUUCCACGAGCGCUGAAUCUCCGGCGGACAUUCCCUUUAAAUAUAAGUAGGUUAUGACGGUCGGGACGCUCUCUCAAUAGGGAUGUGUUAAUUAUUAUAUUUGGUAGUUUUUUAUUUCUAAAAUUCUAAAUUUCCCUGUGAAAAUAGCGAGCGAGGACUACCAUUUUACUCUUAAGAAACAACAAAACUGAUCAAAUCGAAUUACUAUGAUCAAUGCAAAAGUAGCAAGCGUUCCUAUUGAUUGCAAUUCACAAAAAGUAACGUCGCGUUCGGCGUUUAGACAGUAUUGGUACACUGAGCGCUCCGAUCAAAAUUACGAAAAUUCGUUGCAUUUUAUUUUUUAGUUUUAGUAAGAUUUUCAAUUGACGUCGGGGCUGUCUGGCGGCGAAGCGCCUUUAGAUAUAGCGGGUAUAGCAUACUGCCGUAGUACAAAUGUAUGUGUGAGUGUCGAUGUUUACUUGUUUGAUGUGUAAUUCCCUAUCUGAUCGGUCGAAUGUAUGAGAAUUGAGAUUAAUGUAUGAAGGGCACUCCGAAAUUGUGAAAUGUUGUAAUUGACAAUUAAUGUAAAUUUUAAAUAAUACAUGCUCGUUUUAUAAGAUUCGCAUGUCAGUUUUAAAUAUCCAUAAUUUACUUUUGAAUUUUCAAAUAAUUUUGUUGUCAAAUGUUCUUUCCUAAGAGUGUCCUUGAUGCAUUGUAAUGGAUUAUGAUCGUUAACAUUAUCACCUUAGGAAAUGGCGGACGUGUGACGUCGAUUUUCUUAUCGUCUGAUGGGCAUUACGGUUCUCUUUGAGAUAGAAAUGUGUCAAUAUUCUCAAAAUGCUCUCAGUUGCAACUUGGGCAUUCGUUCAUUUUGCGUUUACUUGGAGCUCAUGCAUGUAUCCUAGUCACGGGCUGGGGCGACACGCUCGCUGUUCUCACUUCAUAUUAGAAGCUUAUUUUAAUUGACCUUUUAUUAAUUGAAUCUGUUUUUUUGAUACAAGAAUUGAACGUGUUUUUCAUUAAAAAACGCUUAAUUCUCGAUAUUGUAAUUAGUGAUGCUUUUAGUGAUUAGUUACUGUUUUUGGUGCAUUGAGAUUAUUGUGUUAUCGACUAGCGCCAUCUUUGUUCAAUAAAGGGAGAUGGUGUUAGUUAAUAACACUACCACUAACACAAUAAAUAUUUUUAUCAAUUUUGCCAUUUGUGCUAAGGCGGCAUUUCUACCUAACAGCAUUAACAUAACUAUUUAAACAGCAGCGCUUUGCCCCAAGCCAUGGACAUAUUGUCCUCGUUGUGAAAGCGUUAGUUGUCUAAUUCUAUUUAGUGAUAUUUACAAACAAAAUAUUUGGACCACUACUGCAUAGUUGUAUCUACACUUAUUUUUGUCCUCCCUGAAUUAUGUAUAUCGAAUAAUUGAUUUUGAAUAUUUUUUAUUCAGUAUAUUGUAUUAUUAUUAUGUAAAUCAAUCUAUAGGUGCUCUAUUUAAUUUUUAAUGUGAUAGGGAUACGUCUCUCUUGUAAUCUAUCGGAUGAAUUGUGAAAAAUUGAGCCAAAUCAUGAAAAGGGUAUAUUGACAUUACGUUUAGGAUAAAUAAAGUUAAAAUGAAGUUUUAAACUAAUCAAAUUUUACUACUGAAACUGUAUAAUUUUUCUAAGUACAGAUAGAUUUAAAGUCAUAUCAUGUCUAUGAUCUUGCUCUAGUACGUGUAACAUAUAAUAGGAUUCUAAGACUGUUGUCCGUCUGCGGUGUUCUGCCAUUGUGUAUAUGCACAAAGGAAUGAGUUGUACCAACUUUUUAUUUUUGACUUUAAUAGCGAAUAUUAGACUAUUUUCUGAAGACGCCCUGGCACAGCGUGUUACAAGAUUUUCUAAAAUUUUGUUACAUGCUGUGUGAGAGCAAUCUAAUAGCACACAGGUCGUUUUAAUCGCGUAAUUGAAUCGCUUCUUCACACGGUCUGGUAUUAGAAAAUUCGUGCGAGCGACAGAGAUAGGUAGAUGUUUAUGUUUGCUAUCGCCAAAUUUUAGUAGUUGGUACAACAUUAAAUUGCAAUUGUGGAACACCGUAAACUCACCGCUCAUUUCAAUUUGCCCUCAUCUAAAUUUAAGUUUAUUACGACUCCAACCAGUUUCUCAAUGUUUGUAGUAAUAGCUACAGUCACAUGUUCUUAUGAUGCAUAAUACCUAAAUAUCUGGAUCUAAACAAUAGGGAAGCAAUAGAUGUUACUUGCUAAGUGUUAAGAAUUGGCUUCCUGUGCCAGCCGUAUUCUGGGUCAUACUUACGCGUUUAUUGUCUUUGCACACGUCAGAUACAGUUUUGAAUUGAACUUAAUAAAAAAAUAAGCAUUUUUACAUGAUUUCGUAACUCAAAAAUUAAAAAAAAACUGCCAUGAAACACCAAAUUGAAUAAAAUGCUGAAAUUGCUGCUUCUGAAUUUCUCGCGACCGUUCGAUAUUAUACCAUUUGUCUAUUUUGAUAACGAAACGUGUACAUUAUAUAUUCCAUAUAUAACGAGUUGUAUAUAACAGAAGGUUCAUUGUAUUCAGAGCGUCCGCUGCGUUACACAUUCAGUCUGUCGCAGUCGCACAAAUAAUGUGCAAUGGAGAUGGACGAGUUGCCAUUUGGACCAUUUCUAUCGCACUUGACGCAUGUGAGUGAGAUAGACUAACGCGUCUCACAGCGGACUUUAAAACUACCACCGAUGUGAAUGCGAAAAACUCAAAUCUAUUUUUACACAUACAAGUACAGACUAAGUUGACUGUUAGAUGUAGCAGUAUUGAUACAAACCAACAGAACACUACGAUGCGUAAGUAUCGCUUAUGAAUAAUAAGAGCUUUAUUGUAACGUGUUUAUCUUAUUUGUAGUUGAACAUAUAUGAUCUCUUUAUUUUUAAUAGAAUUUUGAUGGACAUUUUUACUUAAUAGUUGUAGCAGUGUGUUGAAAUAGUGGAUUUUAUAGUCGCACGAUACGUUUCUGUUUUGCAUUGACGAUUGAUUGCAAGUGAGCGUUAAUGUGCUGUCAUGGGCAUGUGACAAGUUUAUAUUAUAUAUUAUUGUAAGCAGCGCGUAAAGCUGCCUCAGACAUGAAUUAUAUGCCUUAUGUAUGUGUUGUUUCAAAUUCAAUGUAUUUAUAUAAAUUUGAAAUUUUUAGCUCCUUGUUUAAAUUUCGAUAAGUUGGAUACCACAGUCAACCGACCUACUUGGCUCAUUAAUGGAACAUUCAAAGCAGUCGUAGGCGCUGAGAAUUGCGGGGCGGGGGGUCAGCGAAGUUCCACACUAAUUUUGAACGACAUCGUCAGGAGCCGGUAGACUGGACACUCUGGACAGUCGAGGCGGCUGUGGAGUGCAUGAAGAAUUUAUUAAACUGUGAUUUUAUUACUGUGAAAUGUCACUAGGUUCUAAUUUUUGUAAUGUAAUAACCAUGCCAGUAUUUUUGACGUUCCGCUAGCUGCCGUCGCAAUGCAAACCGAUUUUCAUACUAGUACCAUUCAAAACAAAAGCAUAAACUCAUAAUUUUGCAAAGUUGAAACUUCUCAACUAUAGUUUAUUUGGUCCCUUUUUUCGAGUCCUUUUAAAAUUCGAUUCUGUUUAGUAUAUAAAUAAUUCGUUGUACAUAUUAUUUGUAUUAUGCUUCAUGUCGUGUAUGUAUGUAAAUAUUUGAUCAGUUUUAAAAACAUCAUCAUCACACAGUAUGGGAAGUUUCAACUGUAUGUGUGCGUUUUAAUUUUAAUAGCGAUUCGAAUUUACCAAGAGAAGCCUUCGUGUUGUCUGUGUAUUUUAUUUGUAAAUAUGUAAUUUGGAUAACAAUUGAUGCUAAACAACGAGCGAGCCGUCGCAUAUUGUCAGCCGUUUGGACUUCUGCGCACACUGGCAAACACACGGAACAGUUUAGUGUUAAACAGAAAGGUCGCUACUUAUUUUCUUCGCUCCCAUAAAAAAUAACUUUUAAAUACGGAUCUACAGCCGUACAAUGUAGUAUUUGAAGAGGCCAGGAAUUUUAAUUUGGUUUUGUCCUAUCUCUCAGUGUUUGAAAAUGAAAGAACGAGACAAAACAACAAAUUAUUUCAGGCCUAAUCAGAGAAUAACAUUUUUAUUAAGAUAAUCCAGUGAGUACAAUCUAUUUUAAAUGUUGUUUUUGUUGGGAAGUGAUUUCUAUUAAAUCUGAUGCGACCUUAGUACCACGACAUACAUUCCACAGGCCCUAUCGAAUUAGCUCAAUGCGAAAGACUGUUUUGAGACUUUAAAACAUAAUGAUAUCAUGAUAAUGAGAACAUAUUUUCUGAAACACCUUGACUACUUUACAAAAUGUGUAUUAUGGUGAUUUAAUGAUAAGAUCCAAUGUUUAACUCACUAGUAUGUAAGGACAAAUGCUUUACGUCACUGUGAUAGACAAUACAAAUUUAUCUGAGAGACACCAUAGACAUUUACGAAAAAAUAAAAAAUUGAUUUAUAAAAAGACUAUGUAACAAUUACUCUCAGUAAAACAUGCACCACUCAAUUUGAGACUACACUAAAUUGUACUAUUCACUGCCAAAUGAUUUUAAACUUUACUGGCGGUCAAAUAAAAUUGAAAAUACAAUGUUAUGUUAUAAAAUAUAUGGGUUGUUGUUUUCAAUUAUUAUUUAAUCUCCAGCAAAUAUUUUAAAGGUCAGUGAAGAUUACUGUGAGCUCAUCAAAUUCGCUAGCCCCCAAUAUAUUGUUUCAUUAUACCUUGUUAAAAAAUGUCUUAAAGAGUGGUGUAAUGCCCGUUUAUGUGUAAAAUUAAGUACAAAGUGUAUGUGCAGAAGUUCUUUUUCGGCUCGAUCAGUGUUCGAGCGGUCAAUGCGCGUGUGUGCGUGUUGUGUAUGUGUGAGUGAGAGGCCGCGGCCCGCGUCUCGCUGUUCUGUUUGUUGAUACAUUAUGUAUAUUUGAAUAAAUCAAAUUAUAAGAGAAUAUGAAUUUUAA